GGGGCAGGUGUGGGCUGGGCACCAGGCCCUGGACUCAGGCCACACCGAGGUCUGCCCUUCCACUGCCGGCCACCACCGAGGACGCCAUGAGCCAGUUGGGGUCCGUGAGCUACAGCCCAGGUGCCGCCAAUGGCAGCCUGGGCCGGUCUGACGGUGUGGCAAAGAUGAGUGCCAAGGACCUGUUUGAACAGAGGAAGAAGUAUUCCAACUCCAACGUCAUCAUGCAUGAGACUUCCCAGUACCACGUCCAGCACUUGGCCACGUUCAUCAUGGACAAGAGUGAGGCCAUCGUGUCUGUGGACGACGCCAUCCGGAAGCUGGUGCAGCUGAGCUCCAAGGAGAAGAUCUGGACGCAGGAGAUGCUGCUGCAGGUCAACGACAAGUCGCUGCGGCUGCUGGACGUGGAGACCCAGGAGGAGCUGGAGAACUUCCCGCUGCCCACCGUGCGGCACAGCCAGACGGUGCUGAACCAGCUGCGCUACCCGUCCGUGCUGCUGCUCGUGUGCCAGGACUCGGAGCAGAACAAGCCCGACAUCCACUUCUUCCACUGCGACGAGGUGGAGGCCGAGCUGGUGCACGAGGACAUCGAGAGCGCGCUGGCCGACUGCCGGCUGGGGAAGAAGAUGCGGCCGCAGACCCUGAAGGGCCACCAGGAGAAGAUCCGGCAGCGGCUGUCGGUCCUGCCUCCCCCGCAGGGCCCGGCCCCCAUCCCCUUCCAGCGCCACGGCGGGGACUCCCCUUCCCCCAAGAACCGAGUGGGCCUGCCGCUGCCGCUCAGCGAGCCAAGCUUCCGCCGUCGGGAGUCUCAGGACGAGGAGCCGCGGGCCCUGCUGGCUCAGAAGAUAGAGAAGGAGACGCAAAUCCUCAACUGCGCCCUGGACGACAUCGAGUGGUUCGUGGCUCGGCUGCACAAGGCGUCCGAGGCUUUCAAGCAGCUGAACCAGCGCAAGAAGGGGAAGAAGAAGGGGAAGAAGGGGCCAGCAGAGGGCGUCCUCACGCUGCGGGCACGGCCCCCCUCCGAGGCUGAGUUUGUGGACUGUUUCCAGAAAAUCAAGCUGGCCAUCAACCUGCUUGCCAAGCUGCAGAAACACAUCCAGAACCCGAGUGCGGCAGAACUCGUGCACUUCCUCUUCGGGCCUCUGGACCUGAUCGUCAGCACCUGUGGUGGCCCCAACAUCGCACACUCCGUGUCCAGCCCCCUGCUCUCCCGAGAGGCCGUGGGCUUCCUGCGCGGCCACCUGGUCCCCAAGGAGAUGGCACUGUGGGAGUCACUGGGGGAGACCUGGACACGCCCCCGCUCCGAGUGGCCACGGGAGCCGCAGGUGCCUCUCUACGUGCCCAAGUUCCGCAACAGCUGGGAGCCCCCCCUGGACGUGCUGCAGGAGGCUCCCUGGGAAGUAGAGGGGCUGGCGUCCGCCCCCAGUGACGAGCCCACUCCAGUGAGCCGACAGUCCUUUCGAAACUCCCAGAAACACGGCUUCAUACCUGAGCCCACAUCCCCGGGAGAUGUCAGCCCCCCACAUUCUCACAGGGGCUACGCGCCCGCACCAGCCAUGGCCAAGUACGUCCGCGUGCUCUAUGACUUCACGGCCCGCAAUGCCACCGAGUUGUCCGUGCUCAAGGACGAGGUCCUGGAGGUGCUGGAUGACGGCCACCAGUGGUGGAAGCUUCGCAAUCGCAGCGGCCAGGCGGGCUAUGUGCCCUGCAACAUCCUGGACGAGACCCGGCUGGAGGACGCCCCCCUGGAGCAGGCCGGUCUGAAAUACUGGGGUCCUGCCAGUCCGACCCACAAGCUGCCCCCAAGCUUCGCUGGGAACAAAGAUGAGCUGAUCCACCAUAUGGACGAGGUCAACGACGAGCUCAUCAAGAAGAUCAGCCACAUCAAGGCGCAGCCGCCACGGCCCUUCCGCAUGGAGCGCACCCAGCCCGUGAGCCUGCCGCUCACCUACGAGUCAGGCCCUGAUGAGGUCCGCGCCUGGCUGGAGGCCAAGGCCUUCAGCGCCCGGAUCGUGGAGAACCUGGGCAUCCUGACGGGACCCCAGCUCUUCUCGCUCAACAAAGACGAGCUGAAGAAGGUGUGCGGGGAGGAGGGCAACCGCGUGUACAGCCAGCUCACCGUGCAGAAGGCCUUCCUGGAGAAGCAGCAAGGCGGGUCGGAGCUGGAGGAACUCAUGAACAAGUUCCAUUCCAAGAACCAGAGAAGGAUGGAGGAGAGCUAGACCCGGCCGGAGGGGCCCAGCGCCCGCGGCUGGGGGAGGCGCGCGUGCGGAGGGGCCCACCCCCAGCGCCUGGAGUAUUAUUUUUGUAUGUGUAUGUAUUUUGUACCAUGGACACAGGAUGGAGUGUGGUGC